AUGGAUGCGACACAAUUACGCGAAAUCCUUGAGCAACCUUCCCACGAGGAAUCUACCCUGGAUGCCAAACCUACGGGCGCCUAUAGUAGGGCCAACUUUCAGGUUGGCGCUGACGCAUCAGGCUGUGACGCUCGCGGCCCUACAUCCAAACCAUCUGGACAUCGGUACACUGCAGGUUGGAGGUCGCAAAGCAGUAGCUGCGAGAAAAAUUCACGCAAGUUGGAACUUCCAGUUAUCGGCCUCAGUCUCUCAACUUAA